UGAACAAACAUCUUGAUGUCUAAGAACAGGAUGGAGAUUCAUUUCUUUGUGGGCGCACGUGUGCUGCGGGGCCCUGACUGGGGUCAAGGAGACAGCGAUGGAGGAGAGGGCUACCUGGGCACUGUCACUCAGUUGCUAGGCAACGGCAGAGUGUGUGUAGUGUGGGACAAAGGUGCUGAGACCAUCUGCCGCGCUGGUGGAGAUGAAAAGCACGAUUUGAGACUCUUCGACACUGCUCCGUCAGGUGUUCGACACAAAGGCACAAAGUGUUCAGCAUGCGGACAGGGUGACAUCUGGAGCAUGUUGUGGCGAUGCCAGCAAUGUACCGGAUCUGACCUUUGCACCUUCUGCUAUUCCGAGGAUAAGCACGAAAUUAAUCACAGAUUUAUUCGUAUAGACUGGCCUGGUGAUGUCGGCCAGGCUCUUCCUGUCCGCAAAGUCAGUGUCAAAGUUCGAGCGAUCGGCAUCUUUCCCGGUGCAAAGGUCAUUCGAGGAAAAGACUGGAUGUGGAAUGACCAAGAUGGCGGCCAGAGUUCGGAGGGUGAGGUGGAAGGUUACGAACCUGAAGCGGUGGACUCGUGGAGGAACCUUAUUCGUGUACGUUGGCAAAGUGGCGUCGUCAACAGCUACCGCCUCGGUUUCCAAGGCAAAGUAGAUCUCUUGUGUGUGGAGGAGGAAACAGGACCUUUCUACUACAGGGAUCAUCUCCCUUUACUGGACAUCACCCAAAAGGAAGUCACUAGCAAAGAGAGAGCUAGUCAAGGGUCACGACCUUCUUUAGUGCUUCGCCAUCCUGAACCUCACAAGUCGGUUGUCGAGAAUGUUGACACAGGAAAUGACGAUGCUGCUGACAAGCUUGCGAUGGGAGUUGGGGUUGGAGAUCACGUGACCAUCACGGCCAACGAGCAACAAUUAGAGACUCUACAGAAGGACUUUGGGGGAUGCACCCCGGGAAUGAUCAAGAGCAUCGGUAACACAGGGGAGGUAACCAGCAUAUCGAGAAGAGGAGCUGUUUGUGUAAGGUUCGGACCUACUAACCGUGUGAGCUACCGGUUCAAUCCUGCUGCAGUGAUCAAGCUACAGAAAUUUGAAGAGAACGACAUUGUUCGCGUGAAAUCCAGCAAGGACCUCACACAACUUUUCAACAGAAAAAUAGGCUGGAAGCCAGAAAUGGAUAAGACGCUGGGAAAAGUGGGCAGAGUUCGCAAAGUGGACCACGAAGGAAAUAUUCUCGUUGAGGUCGAAGGUCAACUGUUUCUCUAUUCUCCUGCAUGUUGUCUGCACGAGCCUGCUGAGUCAGUAACAUCGCAUCGUGAGGAAACCGUCAAACAGGAAAUGACGUCAGCGAAAACACAACCUGCAGCAACAGUGAAGAACAUGGAAUUGAGGGAAGUGGCUCGUGAUCACAUGGACAGCGGGACACCAGACAGAGUGAAUGCCAUGCACAGACUCUUUGCGGCCAUUAAGUGUGAUGACGACAGGAAAGUGAAGGAAAUGUGUCUGCUGGACCCUAACCUGGUAGAAUGUGAGUACACGGGGAUCACACCACUGAUCCUAGCCUUAUACGAAGGUAGACGAAAAUGUGUCAGGGUGUUGCUCGAGCUAGGGGCAGAUGUCAGCAGAUGUGUCAGCGAUGACUCUAACAAAACUCCGAUGUCUGCAGCUCUGGAAGGAAAGAAUGAAGACCUUGUGGAGCUUCUGCUGGAACUUGGCGCCAACAAGGAGCAUUGGUAUUCGCCUGGAGUCACUGCUAUUGACCUGGCUAUCAAGUAUAGUUUAGUGGGCGCAGUCCUGGCGCUAGCUAAACAUGGCGCUGAUGUCAAUAAGAAGAAUUUAGGAGGGAAGACACCCAUUCACAUUGCAAUAGAGCUGAAAAAGACUGACAUUGUAGAGGCAUUGUUAUCUCUACCGGAAGUGGAUAUCGAAAUAGAAGAUGACAACUACUUCAACGCCCUCCAGCUGGCCUGCCUCAGAGAUCAUCCACGGUCGGUGGAACUGAUUCUGCAGCGAGACAAGAGCGGGGUGAAUAAAAGAAGGAAAGGGGACUCAUCUCCUCUUCAUAUCGCUGCCUACAACGACCACGUGGAGUGUGUGCGACUCCUGGUCAUCAAUGGCGGAGCUGAUGUUAACAUUAGAAAUGAACGCACUAAGGGCACGGCGCUACAUAAUGCAUGUUUAGCUGGACACUUUGCGGCAGCCGAAGCUUUGCUUGAGCUAGGUGCUGAUGUCAAUGUUGUAGACGCCGACGGGGACACACCACUUCAUUUGGCCGUUGGUGGAAAAAUUGAAAAUUACGGUCAGGGCGACAGCGCUGACGUGGAAAUAAUGUGCCGUGUGCAACUGUCCAACAUGCUCAUCAGUGCCGGCGCCUUUGUUGAUGCCAGGAACUCACAGGGUCGCACGCCCUUGUCAUACGGCCACACGGAGGUCAGAGAGGGCGUGAAGAUGUUCAUCAAGAACAACAGGUCCGCUGUAAAACUAAAGACUGGACGAGGGUCUGUAGACUUUUCGCCUCCAGUCUUUGGAGGACAAGAUAACCUGGAGGAAAAGCUGAAGCGAGUGGGGCUGCCAUGUGGGUUGUGCGGCCACCCGAAGUCUGACGUCACUCUCUACCCGUGUCAACACAAGUGUGUGUGUAGCGGGUGCAGUGUAGCAGUCACGUGCUGCCCUCUUUGUGACGAGCCUGUGAAGGAAAAAAUCAACACGGGACCAGACGAUGAGGUCUAUGACCUCGAAAAGAAGUUCAAUCUGAUGUGACUAGACUGUACGACACACUUCGCUCAACUGGUCGACGUUAAGAAGACAUUCCUGAUGAUAAACAUUUAUUUUGGUCAUAAACAAUCAAAACAAAAGAACUUCGGUAACAUCAGUGAUACCAAAUCUGCUUGCUACUUUUUUAUUACAAUUUUCUUAUUAUUAUGUAAAAAUUGCUGCCCAGCUUUCCUAACGGAGAUUUCAACUCCAAUCCUGACAAAUAUGACAACUGGACACCUGGCUGAAAGACCAGUAGCUACCUGUACUAGAGUUUGCUGUCACGUGUUGUGCACGCCAGUUCAUGUUGUAUAAACUCUAAUCUUUUCUUAUAACUGCCCUGAUCCCCAUGCUUCAAGAAGUCACAUAAAUGAUGCUACUGUUUGCUUUUGUAUGUUAUGAUUACUGGGUAAAUGCACUACUUUCUAUAUUCCCCUGUAGGUUGUAAAAGCUGAAUCACGAAAUAAAAUUUUGAGAAAAGGAAUAAAGCCUUUGAGAA